UUAGAUUAGUUACAUCCUAAGUAAUUAAAAAAUGCAGAAAAACUCACCCCGGCCACGUCGCGUCCCUCCUCGCCCGCGACGCCUCGGGCGGCGCGGCGCAUUCCCAACCGCCCAUUGCAGAUGGUAUUGUUCUAAUUUGAUUAUGAGCAGAGGCGAUUAGGUUUAGUUUCGUUUGAGAGGCAAAUCAGUCUAUCUUCAACGAAUGGGUAAAUUCAAAGAUGAUCACAAGCUCAAGAGCUCGUCGUCUUCUCCUCGAGAUGAAUCGAUGAGCAAAAGUCGCAGAUCUGAUAGAUCUUUCGAGCACCAUUCCUGUAAAGGGUUUAACAAUUUUGUUGGCCAAAAAGGGCGGGUUCCGGUUAGACCGAAGAGUUGGCCCGUGGAGACGGAUAAUACCCUAUCUUAUCCGUUGACGGAAUCAAACAACAAUGUUGAAGAUUACGAAAUCUCAGAUGACCAAAGGUACACGACCGAGGAGACGAAAUUGUUGACGCUCAUCUACAUGGACGUCUCAAAAGACUAUAUUUUGGGAGCGCGUCGCCACAAAGUACAACGAGUUCAUCCCGGUGAGGGCACGUCAUCGUGAUUGUGAUCAGUUGCGCAAACACUGGGCCCGAAUGCAGAAGGAUGUCUCCAAAUUCAUUGACAUCUUUACCAAUUGUCAGAAGAUGCAGGGUAUCAGUCAUAAUUUGGAUGAUAUUCGCCAAAAGGGGAAGGGUGCUUUCUUUGGCCACAAAGGAAGGAUGUUCGAGUACGAGGAUGUCUGGGCAAUUAUGCGAAGCAACCCCAAGCUUUUCAGCGGUUCCGUGGCUUCUAGUGUCCCGAAGAGAGCCAGGGUCUCCACCUCCGGACAGGACUCUGUGAGUGGUGCCUCCUUCGAUCUUGAUACUGCAAUGGAGGAGACGUCGGAGAGCCGACCAAUGGACACUAAAGCGGCCAAGAGGAAGGGGAAGGAAGGCUGUGGUGGCUCCAAGCAUUGCACUCGCUCAAGACCCUCAACUCGAUGAGUAUUCUCUAGAAUGGAAAAGCUAAAAAAGCAAUACUGAACAAAAAGAUGCUAGCACGAGAUAUGUCGUCUAUGAGCGAAAAGUAUAGGAAAUGGCAUCAAGAGCUGCUUGAUUUAGUUAGAAGCCAAGUAAUUCAGAAGUAAUUUAUGAUUUUAAACUUCCAGUAAGUUCCCAUGCCAACCUCUGUAGCUAAUGUUCUUGUCUCAUGAAGUUCACAAGCUAUUCUCCUAAUCAUUUGAGUAAUGUUCAAAAUGUUACUACUUUCUGCAA